AUGAGAGCUAUUUCAGAAGAUGCUGCUGAGGAUCUCAUGAACAGAAACUACAAAAAAUGGUGCAGGGCAUUUUACACCCCACUCUCAUGUUGUGACAGUGUUGAUAACAACAUGAGUGAGGUGUUUAAUGCUUACAUUCUCAACUCAAGGCAUAAACCAAUAAUCACCAUGUUGGAAGACAUAAGGGAAGGUGUAAUGGAGAGGCUUCAUAAGAAAAGGGAUCAGAUUGCCAACAAGGAAAUGGUUUUAUGCCCUAGGAUCCAACAAAAGUUGGAAACAUGCAAGGUUUGGGCUAGGGGUUGGAAUGCAUAUUGGGAUGGUGGGUUUUGUUAUGGGGUCAGAGAAGGUGCUACUCGAGAAAAAUUUGUUGUGAACCUUUCUCAAAGAACUUGUAGUUGCAGAGCUUGGCAAAUUAGUGGCAUCCCCUGCAAACAUGUUGUAGUUGUAGUGUGGAACAAGUCAGACCAUCCUGAGCCAUAUGUCAAUGAAUAUUUCACAAAAUCCACUUACCUAAAAGCAUAUCAGCACUUGUUAGAGCCUUUAAAUGGACCUCAGGAAUGGCCAUUAUCUAAUGACCUUGUUUUGCCACCAAAGCUCAAGAAAAUUAAUCACAGGCCAAAAACAAAGAGAAGAAUGCUGGCAGCAGAAGUAACUGCAGUAGGGAAGCUCAAGAGGAAAGGUGGUGUAAUCACUUGCAGACUUUGUGGUGUCCAAGGCCAUAAUGCAAGGGGCUGCAAAAAUGUUGCUGCAGGAGACAGAAGCAACAUCAACACCAGAAACACUGAAAACUCCACUUCUGCAACAACAGCAACACAUGAACCUCAACUACCCAUGCAUAUGAGGGAAGUGGGGAUCUACACUUACCCAAAUGGGUUUCAGAGAGUUGUAACAGCAAGAAAUUUACAAAUUUGA